AUGAAUUUCGAUGUUGGAGGUCCAUCAUACUUAUCAUCAUCUUCAUCUUCGGAUGAUGAUAAUUUUCUGUCCAAUAUCAUUGCAGAGAUUGAUGAAACCGAAGAAGUAAUUUGUGAGUACAUCAACAACAACAUGAUCCUCGUUAACAAUUUACGUCAACACAACUACCAACCGAUCCAUGGUGGCUCGAUUCCCGGUCAUGCAGUGAUCAACCGCGAUCGAGAAAAUGCGCAUCAGAAUUUGGUCAUAGAUUACUUUGCCGAUAAUCCACGUUUUGGAGAAGAUAUGUUUCGUCGUCGAUAUCGGAUGUCAAGAAGUUUGUUCCUUCGUAUUGUUGAUGCAGUGAAAGAUCAUGACUAUUACUUCCAACAACGAAGUGAUGGACUUGGUAGAAUGGGAUUAUCACCGUUACAGAAAGUAACAGCUGUUUUUCGCAUGUUGGCAUACGGUCUACCAGCUGAUGCUACGGACGAAUACGUUAAAAUAGGCUACUCUAUAUUGGAAAAAAAACGUGGUUUUCCAGGAAUGUUAGGAAGUCUUGAUUGUAUGCAUUGGAAAUGGAAAAAUUGUCCAACAGCAUGGUCUGGGCAAUACACAGGACGUAGUGGGUCACCAACUAUUAUCCUCGAAGCUGUGGCAGAUUAUGAUCUUUGGAUAUGGCACGCAUAUUUUGGUAUGCCAGGCACCAAUAAUGAUAUCAAUGUGCUGGAGUCAUCUAAUCUUUUCUCUAACCUAGCUCAAGGUAUUGCUCCUCCCGCUCACUAUGUUAUUCAAGGAAAAGAGUAUAAUAUGGGUUAUUAUUUAGCUGAUGGUAUAUAUCCGAAAUGGGCUACUAUUGUACAAACAAUCCAACAGCCACAAGGUAGGAAGAAAAAAUAUUUUGCCAUGAAACAGGAAGCAUGUAGAAAAGAUGUAGAACGUGCGUUCGGAGUUCUCCAAUCACGAUUUGCAAUCGUGGCAGGAUCAGCACGUUUUUGGAAAAAACAUGUAUUACAUGACAUAAUGACUGCAUGCAUUAUUAUGCACAAUAUGAUAAUCGAGGAUGAACGUGAUCUUUAUGCACCAAUUCAAGAAGUGAGGGAAGCACCAACACCAGAAGUUGAUAUGGUAGCAGAUGAAACUACAAGAUUUACUCAAUUUAUUGCACGUUACGGAAAAAUCAAGGAUAAAGAUGCCCAUAUUGCGCUUCGUAAUGCAUUGAUAGAUCAUCUAUGGGAGGAAUACACUAAUUCAGAUAGUUAA